ACGAUUCAUUAAAAUAGAAAUUUGAAAAAUCCGAUAUUUUAUAAUAUUUGGCAGCUCUGGCAUCUUCAUGUCAUGGCUUCGUUUUUGGACGACGAAGAAGAGUAAGAAGCCAGUUGUCUGGUCUUGUCUUAGAUAAAAACAGAGCAAAACCCCACAACGGAUGAUUGAUUUUGCGAUGUUAGUAAUAGUAGGCUUCGGGCACAGAAAAAUGUAUUUGCUGUCAUAAAUAAUACAAAACAAAAACAUAUAAGAACAGAAAAUGACCAGUUUAUCUAUGGAUGAAUUCAUUCCGAACAAUCCGAGCUGGGUUGACGAGGUACUUGGACGGGAUGAGCCCGCAAACUUUGAAUACCUGCAUAAGAAGUGGAGAGAUUCAUAUCUGGAGGAACUGGAAAAAAAUUAAACCUUUUUUUUGUUGUGUACAAUCGAGUGCGAAAUUUAAAAAAUGUGCAACUACGAAAUCAGUUGAUGCUGGAAAUCCAGCGAGUCGUCGCAGACGAAGAGCCACCGGAAACCGUGUUUGGCCUCUUGGAUACAAUUCAAUACAAAUACAAAAUCAGACAGUGUGAGUUGAUUGAAGUACAACGGCGCAUACUGAAUUUUAUUAAGAAUCUCCGUCGAUGUGGGUCCAUCGAAGAAAAACCUCCGACAUACCGACGGAAGAGAACCGACCAUGACCUGUUCGAGCGCGUUCCGGACAUUCUGAUGAAUAAAGCGAGAGAUUGUAUCAUGAAAAAAAAUGAGAGAUCCCUGGAGCAGGAAGUCGAAGAACUCGAGAGAAAAUUGUACACUUUCAACAAACGUUGUGUUCGGGAACUUAAUGAGAUACUGGAAGAGUCAGCACAGAAAAUGACUUUCAUGUAUGAAGAUGGCGAUAUCGAGUUCGAAGAACUUCAAGAACAAGUAGCCAAAAAAAUGGCUGCGAUUAACGUACAACAAAAAGAAUAUAACGAUUUGCUUAAAGUGCACGAGCAGAAAGCGAGGAAAGUUAGAAUGAGCACCGUCCGGUUACAACGUGUCAUUAGGGAGUAUGAUCUAUAUGUUGGCGAAGUGGCGCAUGAGUGCGAAGAAGAGGAAGCCAUAGCGGAGCAAUACAGGGAAUGGAAGCGAACCGUUUAUGAGCCCCGGAAGGAACGUUUCACGCAGUUGAGAUUUAGCAGACAGAUGGUUGAGGACGAAUUGAUUGAAAAACAAGUUGAGGAGUUCAGAUACCUGCACGCUGUCAGGGUGUUUCAGAGGGCCUGGCGGAAGAUUCUUGAGAAGCAAAAGCUCAAGAAAAAGAAAAAGAAAGGAAAGGGUAGAUCGGGCAAAAAGGGUGGAAAAGGGAAAAAGUAGUGUGGAAUGUAAUGGACCUAUUUUUAAU